GCCAACUCGGACAGGAUGAGUGAGUUUGUGUUCGUCCUCCACCGCUCUGCCCGUGCCAUCUUCACGACUGGAUCGGUCUCGCGGUCUCCACUUUAACGACUGCAUGCGCGUCGCCGCCGACGACGCUGCUGCUCCACUUUUGACCGACUUCGCGCACAGAGGGAGGUAGAUCGAGCAGCAGCAGCAGCAGCAAGAGCAGCAGCAGCAGCAGCAGCUCUACGGCUCUCUGCCCUGUGUCAAAAGAUAAACAGGCAGCGGCAGAACCCCCCGACACUGCGGGAGGUGACAGAUCCAGAAUCAGCUCCACCUGCAUCAGCCACGCAGCAGCCGAGGGACGGUGGUAUCUGCCAUGCCAGAUCUGCGCGGGGGAGAUCUUGAUAAGCAUGGUGCCCACGCCCCAGGUGUGCGUAUCAACCCUGGUCACGGUGAGCACAAUGGCAGUGGUGGACCUCUACCUUUUGGAGCAGAGCAUGCUGGGAGCUCACGGUCCUCCAGGACCUAGCGUGUGGCAGUGUGCGGCUGUGUUGCUAGGCGAUGUGGGCUUCCUGCUCGCACUCCGCUUCGUGUCAGUGGGCGUGAUGUCCGAGGUGCGGUCACCGCGCCGUGGUUUUGCCAAUGCCCUCUGGUUCCUGUUCCUGUCCCUUCUCCAGCUUAAGCUCUUCUUCGUCUGCCAUAACUACAGACAGGAACGCCGGCCGCCUGACCCACUGGCCAGGAAGACCCUGACACUGCUGCUCUCCAUCUGCCUGCCCUCAUUGUUCCUAAUUCUGACUGGAGCCGACCACAUGACUCCUCAGCGCAGAAAGCAGGAAGUGAGGAGCCGGCUGUUAUGGGUGGUCCUGGAUCUACUGGAUGUACUGGACCUGCAGGCAGGGCUGUGGGAAGUCCAAGGUGGAGCCUCCAUGGGUACUGCAGUGUUAGCUGAACAGAAGCUGCCCAUCUGGGUCGAGGGCCUGGUCUUCUUCUACUGCUACGCCCUCCUGCUCCUGCUGCCGUGUGUGGCCCUCACGGAGCUUGGGGCCACUGGUCUGCCAGGACAGAGGGGGCCUCGGAAGGAGGCUUUGUACCCAUGGCUCAGCUUGGUUACCAUCAACAUCUUCACCCUGGCCCUGAGAGGCACAGGCAUGCUGUGGUACCGGGACCCUCGUGUGUCCACGGUGUUCCUGGGGAAGAACCUACUGGCUCUGGCUGUCAAACUAAGCUCAGCCUGGGAGAGACACAAGCAGGACCGCGCUGCUGCAGGAGCUGGGACUGUGGCUGGAGUGGAACCAGGAGACACGACCCUGCCAAGCCAGAGCUUGGAGGAGGGAGAGGGCCAGGCCCAGGGGAAAGCUCCUCCCUCUCAUUAUCACACACUGACUGGCUCCCAGAGCCACUCUCUCUCCCACGUCAGCCUGGAGCCAGCAGAGACGCCCUUAGGACCCUCUUUCAUCUCCCACGAACUCUAGAGAGUCUCAGUUUGAACACACACGCAUGCACAACGACAUGUACGCACACCCACACUCACAACUCAGACCAGCCAAGCCAGUAUCACAUCCAAACAGAUAACUCGUAUUGAAUUUCAGUACAGUAUUGAUGGGUAUAAUGCAGAGCUGUGGAAAUGCAUUUGGCAAGCUCGGCUCUCUGCACAUUUUGUUGUGCUAGGGAAAAAACUCAAAAUGUGAUCUGUGAGAGUGAAAUUUUAACACUGUGAACACGAGAGUGUUAAGAAUAUUCCAGACGUUGAAGUCAAGUGGCGUUUAUUCUCGUUUGAUCUGGGCACAACCGCCUCAACUGCCACAAUCUGCUGAACUCUGUCCUUCACACACACCAUCCUCACGUUGUAGUUGUACAUUUCUGAAUUAAUUUAAACGUAUUGCUGUAAACCUGACCGCACCAAAUCUGCAUUAGGGUGAGGGACUGUUCUCUUCAGUUCAUUUAUUCAUUUGUUCAUUGUGGAAAUAUUUGUCAGAACAACACUCUUCUGCAAUCAUGCCAAAAAACCAACUGUGACCUUUCCGUGUACACUUUCUCCAACACUUCACAGGGAACUUUCACAGAGGAAAAAAAUGAUACAGAGUAGAGAUGAUUUAUUUUUCCUUCAGUUCAACAGAGGCAUGAUUUAAAAGCCAUCUAGCAGUAAAACUCACUCUACACUGUGCUCCAAUAUUUUAAUGUACAUUUCACUGGCUCUAAACCUCUUUGGUGACCCUUUAAAUCACAGCCUUCACGUGACCCUGGGUACAAUUUUUAAUUUGAACACAUUUAUGAGGCCAUAAGAUGUAAAACUACCCAGUUUUUUCCCCCUGUAAUAUUAAAAUGCAAAGGACACCGAAACAAAUGAAUCUGAAAAUGUUUUUUUCCCCACUAUGUGACGACCUCCCAGAUUUAUCUUUCCACCCAUUUAAGCGCUCCAGUGCCAAGGCUGUGCAACAAAAGUGGAAUGGUUUUCAUUUUGAACCAAGGUAACAGUAGCUGACUUCACUUAUUAGUUCAUCUUGUCGGGGAGAGAAUGUUAAUCAGAGGAAUCAUUUACUGUGGUGUUUGGCUGGAGUGAAAACCUGCAGACUCUCUGGACCCAUGUUCAACCUUUCCUGCCAAACUGGGUUUUUUGGUCUCCUGAUAAUUUGAUUUCAAUGCAGAAUUUGGACAUCAAUUAACUAGCUAAUCCAUCUCGUUUAAGAUUUUAGAGAGUCUUAUACUUAAACUUUGAAUUCUUCACGGAGCAACUCCAGCUCUGCAAAACAUCCGAGAGAGAUUUAAAACAAACUACAGGUCUAUUUCACUACACGGAUUACAAAGACAGAAUACUACUGUAAAGAAUCUCUUUAAAUGUUUUGUUAAAUUCAUGUUUUACCGUCUUGUGUCAUCUGUAUCUCUAAAAAAAAAAAAACCUUGCCUCAACAUUAAAUUCCUUUUUUCACUUUAGAUGGAGUAAAACUUUUUUAAUUCCACAUCAACAAUUGAAGAGAGCUUUCAUUCACAGUUUUGUUAGUAUUUGGGUAUCAUGGGUGUUAUGGGUUAGAGCAGCAGGUGUAGUGAUUGUUCAGUUCAGUCAAGUGCCUUGUUUCCUCAUGGAGCUAUGAGCCUCUGGGUUGUCAGAGAGGCGUACACGUUAUGUGUACCAUACUGGUGCUUGGACAUAUGCCAUGUGUAUACUGUGACGUUAUUCCACAGCUGUCAGCUACACCUCCAGGACAGAGUGCAAACUAAUAAAGUGUUUCAUACUCGC